AUGCUCCCCGUCUUUACGGGCUGGGACCCUCUCGGUCUCCAGCUCCUUUUGAUUAUUUUCCCAUUCGCCAACUUCAAUUCGGCCUUUACCACGCCGAAGCUCAUCGGUUCAGCAACUAAUCACCAGCAACUGACCCUUCUGACGGUGCCACGGGAGGCGCUAGUCUAUCCCGUCUGGUCUGUGGCCCAAACCAGCCACGGGGUCGCCAGCUCGACCCCUCCAAUGGGCCUGUACUCAGAGGCCUCGAGGCCGAUUGGACUCGAGCUCGGCCAGUCGGUGGCAACCGAAGCCAAGGUGAUGGCCCUGGCCAUGUCAAAACUUGCCUGGCCAGGAGGCCCGCACCGACAGGGCUCAGGCAACUUGACGGCUUUCCUGUUGUCAACACGACCACCACGAACCGACGAGACGACGACUACCCAGUUUGAUUUCACUUCUGAUUCCAGUUACAGUUACAGUCCCAGUUACGGUUCUGGUUUCAGUUCCAGUGCCGAUGUCACCGACACCACCAUCAAAUCCGAGACGGGUGACACAAACCAAAGUUAUCCUCUUACGUUUUCCGAAAAAAACAUGUCUUCGUGCACAACCACAUUAACAAUUCCGGAGCUGUCAACCGCAUCGUGGCAAGCAUCGUCGGAGAAAAUAGAAAAACGAUUAACCUCUUCUUCGGUUGAAGGAUCGGUUGAGCCUUGGAUUCCUCCCAACUUGCCCCCGAAACCAGGCUCUCUAGCUUCUGCAGUUUCGAAAGAGAAGGAGGCAAAUGUGCAAGGACACCGACGUUCCUGGCGCCGACUGGGCAAUUCACAGAAUUACAUCUACCAGUUGACUUACUUGAACGACUCCAAAGCACGCUGUAAUGAUGGCUCUUCUGCCGGGUAA